UAUGGGCAAGACCAUUUUAAUCACCGGUGCUUCGGCCGGCAUUGGUGAAGCAACUGCUCGUGAGUUCGCUGCUGCCGCUAACGGUUCCUUGAAACUCAUUCUCACUGCCCGCAGAGUAGACAAGUUGGAUCUGUUGAGAGACUCAUUGCUCGCCGAAUACCCGGAAUUGAAGGUGUUGGCCUCUAAGUUGGACGUCACAAACUACAAGGACGAAAUUCCAGCCUUCAUCAAGAGCUUGCCUCAGGAAUUCAGUGAAAUCGAUGUUUUAGUAAAUAAUGCCGGUUUGGUGCACGGCGUGGACAAGGUUGGCGAGAUUAAGCCGUUUGAUAUUGACGUUCAGUUCAACACCAACGUGUUGGGCUUGAUUUCCUUGACCCAGAACGUUUUGGUUGGCAUGAAGCAAAGAAACAGGGGUGACAUUGUGAACAUGGGCUCCAUCGCUGGUAGAGAUCCAUACCCAGGUGGGGCCAUCUACUGUGCUACUAAGGCCGCUGUCAGCUCGUUUUCCCAUACUUUGAGGAAGGAAUUGAUUGACACCAGAAUCAGGGUGUUUGAAGUGCAACCAGGUGCCGUUGAGACUGAGUUUUCCAAGGUGAGAUUCUACGGUGAUUCGGACAAGGCUGCGAAUGUGUACAAGGGUACCACCCCAUUGGAUGCCCAGGAUAUUGCCGAAGUCAUUGUUUUUGGCUGCUCCAGAAAGGAAAACACCGUCAUUGCGGAGUCCUUGGUUUUCCCAUCUCACCAGGCCAGUGCCUCUCACGUCUACCGCAGACCUGAGUAACAGCCAAUGGAUUAAAAUAAAGAUAUCAUAAAAAUCAUCGAAUUUGUAAACUAUGGACUUGUGGAUUUGAGGAAUUUCAUUACCUAGCUCACUCAUUAUGCGGUGAGGUGGUUCGAGAUGUGAAGAUGUAUCGAUAGAUCUAGACCACCAAACGCUCCAAAAACAUUACCACAAACUAAAACAUUAUACCCUCCCCCAGACCCCUUCAGAUUUUAGUAUCAUAAGAUAUCCACUGUAUAUUAUCUAUGGGAGGCCAUCUACUCCAUUUCUCACACGUAAGUGGCUCCUUACAAAUGUCAUUACACGUGACUUCACCCUCUGUCUCAACAAAACUCAACAAGUUGUCUCACGUGAGCUGCACUGCCUCCCGAAGCUUCCUUGCCGUUCUCUAGAUAAACUUCUACCAGCAUG